AUGAUGGUCCUGACAUCACUGUUUUGUCUGCUUUCUUUGCAGUUGCAAUUACCCUUUGUUUUUCCUGCAAGAAACAUUUCUCUCAAGUGCAUGCAAGACACUGAUGAAUUCCUUUCUGAUCUGAAUUCGGUGGAGCCCAAAGAAUAUGCUCUAAGAAUGUACGAUUCCGUCGGGAAACUUGGGAGCAACGUUCUCGGUGGAAACGUGGACAGGCUGGGAUGCCCCAGCGAGUGCCUCUCGGCCAGCGCUCCGUCCGGGAGCUUCCAGGGCCAGUACUGCAAGCUUCAUGUCCUGCAGGAUGGAGCUGCCUACAGCGUGGGCGUGUGUGUCCCUGAUUCUUGUGUGGAAGAGGACGUGACUGCAAUGUCUCAGCUGGGCAUUUUAAGAUUCAGAAAUGUUUCGUUUUGGGCUCCGUCUCUCUCUCUCUUUACAAGGAAUGUGUCCUCCACAUCUGGUGUGGCCGUGGCCAGAUGUGCCGCCGGAAUGUUCCCCCUGGACACGUUUGCUGCUGUGUGUCUUGAUAAUAACCAAGAGACUCCAGAGGAGCUGCCAGGGUUUUUAAAGCCCUGGUACAGCCAGUGCGUCUCCAACUUUGGUGGACAUCAGAUCUCCCGAGGGCUUGUCACCCCAAAGAUUCUGAUUCAGUCGUUCUGGGGAUUUCUAGGAGCCUUGGACCAUACUCUGCAAUGCUUCUCUUGGCAGAAGACUGUGCCGGCCAUCUGGCCUACCAGGACGCCAGGAAGCUCAUGCCCUGCGUUGAAUGGCAUCCGAGUCUUGAGUCUCCUGUGGAUCAUGUCGGGGCACACCAGUCAGAUGGCCGCAUGGCUGUCUUUGGAUAAUGUGCUUGAAUGGAAAGCCAGAGUGCUCAGAAACCCACUGUACUUUUAUUCUCGGAGUGGCCCAUUCUAUCUUGGGGUCGACACGUUUUUCCUGAUCAGUGGCUGGUUAAGUGUGAGGUCGUUUUUAAAGAUGCUGCCGUCUUCCGGAAAAGGAAUCACCGCCAACAUCAUACUCAGAUACUACUUUAGUCGCCUUAUAAGGUUGCAGCCUCUUCACCUGUACUCCGUGUGCUUGUUGGUUGGACUGUUCUCCCUCGCUCCCUGGGGACCCGUCUGGGAGGUGCCCAAGCUCCACCUGGACAGCUGCCGGCGAGCGUGGUGGACCAACGUGCUGCUGCUCAAUGACUUCCUGUCGGUCCGGAACGCGUGUGCUGGCUGGACGUGGUACCUUGCCAACGACUUCCAUUUCCAUCUCAUGACACCGGUGAUCAUCUUCGUCCACGGAAAAAGUAAACAUGUCCUUGCCCUCCUCGGGGCCGUGCUGUUCCUGGCAACGUUCUCUGCCUCUGCUUUGCUCACGCUGGCUCAUGCCCUUCCCGUGGCAGCUCCAUCAGAAGCAAGUGAAAAUGCAUCCGUGUUGUAUUUCUUGGAGUACUACACUAAGCCGUACUGCCGAUGCGGGCCCUUCCUCGUGGGCGUCUUCCUGAGCAUUUCCAUGCACCAAAACCACGCGGCAGACGUUCUCAAAACGAAGGUGCGGACGCUGCUCAGCUGGAUCUGCUCCCUGUCCACCCUGUUCGCGGUGGUCGCUGUGGCGUAUGCAGUGGACGACACCUCUGCCACCCCUUCAGCGGCCGCCGCUGUCUACCAGGCGCUGCACCGGACCCUGUGGGCGGCGGCUGUGGGCUGGGUCGUGUUUGCAUGUCACGAAGGCUAUGGAGGUCCGGUAAACCAGCUGCUCUCUUGGGGCGUCUGGAGUUUCCUGGCCAGCAUCGCAUAUGCUUGCUACUUGGUGCACCCCAUCAUCAUCCUCCUCUACGGCGGCCUCCAGGAGACGCUCCUGCACUACACGGACAUCAACAUGUUCUAUCUCUUCUCUGGACACUGCGUGCUGACCUUCAUCGCUGGGCUGGCCCUGACGCUCUUCAUUGAGAAGCCAUGUCAGGAACUGAAGUGGCGCCUCCUGGGAUCGAUGCCCGAAGGGCCAGGAACGGGGCAGUAA